GAGGCUGCGCGGCGGCGGCGGCGCAGGUCUUGAGCGCCGGCGGCGUUGCGGCGACCGCCCCGAGCCGUGUGCGGUAACGCCUAGCAGCCACAGAAACCCCUGUGUCAUCUCUCCUAGUCCUACUCCAGGCUCCCCAGCCGCUGUCCACCCCUUCCGCCAGGGUUUGCGCAGCGGCUUGCACAUCCCUCGGCCCGAGUACGCGCUUUGCACCUGCCUGCGCAAAAACAUGUUGCAGAAACCCGAGAGCGGGGUUCUCCCCGUCCCUCUAGUCGAGGGGGAGAUGGAUGGCAGCCAUGACGGUGAGACCCAGGCCCUGACCGUCUCGCAGGAGGAGGCCCCGAGCCCCCUGCUGAAAGAGAGCCCAGAGGAGGACCUUGACGCAGUAAAGGAGGAAGGGGCUGCGGAGCCCGCCCUCACCCCGAAAGGUGCGAGGGCCUUGGCAGCCAAAACUUUGGCCCGGCGCCGGGCUUGCCGCCGUCUGGAUCGGACGGUGGCCGAGUUGGUGCAGUUUCUGCUGGUGAAGGACAAGAAGAAGAGUCCCAUCACUCGCUCGGAGAUGGUGAAGUAUGUUAUCGGAGACUUGAAGGAUCUGUUCCCCGAGAUCAUCGCAAGGGCCGCAGAGCAUCUGCGGUAUGUCUUUGGUUUCGAGCUGAAACAGCUUGACCGCAAGCACCACACUUACAUCCUGAUGAACAAACUAAAACCUCCUGAGGAUAAGGAGGAGGAUCUGGGAGGAGAUGGCCCCAGACUGGGUCUCUUAAUGAUGAUCUUGGGCCUUAUCUACAUGAAAGGUAAUAGCGCCAGGGAGGCACAGGUCUGGGAGAUGCUGCGUCGGUUGGGGGUGCGUCCCUCAAAAUAUCACUUCCUCUUUGGGUACCCGAAGAGGCUUAUUAUGGAAGAUUUCGUGCAGCUGAGAUACCUCAAUUACAGGCGUGUGCCUCACACCAACCCACCGGAAUGUGAAUUCUCUUGGGGUCCCCGAAGCAACCUGGAAACCAGCAAGAUGAAAGUCCUGGGGUUCGUGGCCAAGCUCCAUAAGAAAGAACCCCAACACUGGCCAGUGCUGUACCGUGAGGCCCUGGCAGACGAGGCUGACAGAGCCAGAGCUGAGGCCAGUAUUAGGCCUAGGGCUAGGGCCAGGGCCAAUGCUAGGGCCGGCAAUCACCGCUGGUGAGGGCUAUUGGAAGAGUGGCCAGCCGGAGCGGGGGGUGGGGGGCUGAGGGGGGGCUGAGGGGGUGGGUGGAGUUGGGCACAAAAACUACUGAGUCUAAGUAGAAUAGGUGGGGGAAGGGUCGUAUUUUCUGUAGCGGUUGUAUUUAUGUAACUAGGAUUUAGGUUUUGUAUCUUGCUAAGUUUUGUUACAUUUAAUAUACUGUUAAAUUGAUGUUUGUAAAUGAGAUUCGUAUACUUUUUCCUGUAGGAUUUUGUUGUAAAGUUUUGCUGGUUUUGUAAAAUGAAUUGAAAAACAUUUUAUUCUGUGAUCUUGAACAAAUGAUGCAACAGUGAAUGCUGUACUUAGGUAGUUUAAAGGAACUCAGCAGUAUGAUGAUCUGGUACCAGAAAAAAAAUAACUGACUAGUAUCUAGCUUUGCAACACUUUUUUGUGUAUUGUAUAAAGAAAAAAGACUGACAUGUAACUCUAUUUGCUUAGUUAUUAUAGUAUCUGGAGGGGAAUGCAAUAAAUUAGAAGUAUAACCUGGUAUACUUAA